UUUGUACACAGGUCCCCAUCACCAUAACACACAGCAGUGGUUAUGAAACGGCGGCAGUGUAAACUCAGCACACUUAAUUAGACCUUUCCUGGGGCGAAUGGGUAUUGACAGUUUCUGCAGUUUGGACGGUUCUGAUCCGUUGUGGGAUUGGAACCGGACAUGGCAAACAUACUAUCCAGACCUGACCCCAUGUUUCCAGAACACUGUGCUGGUUUGGAUACCCUGUCUCUACCUCUGGCUUUUUGCACCACUCUACAUCCUAUACCUCAAAAGCCAUGAUCGCGGAUACAUAUGCAUGACCCACCUCAACAGAGCCAAAACAGUUAUCGGGUUUACCCUAUGGCUUAUCUGCUGGGCAGAUGUUUUCUACUCUUUCUGGGAAAGAAGCCACGGGGCUACAGUAGCCCCAGUCUACCUAGUCAGCCCCACAAUGCUUGGUGUUACAAUGUUGCUGGCUACUUUCUUGAUCCAGUACGAGCGGAUGAAGGGGGUCCAGUCCUCAGGAGUGAUGCUCAAUUUUUGGCUGAUCACUAUAGUGUGUGCUACGAUCACCUUUCGCUCCAAGAUCAUGCACGCACUGAAUGAUCCUGCAAGUGUGGGUGUAUUCAGAUAUACCACCUUUUACAUAUAUUACACCCUGCUGCUCAUCUCCCUGAUCCUUGCCUGCUUGUCUGACCAACCUCCACUGUUUUCAGAGGUCGUCAAAGACUCGAAUCCAUGUCCAGAGUCAGGAGCUUCAUUCUUGUCAAAAAUCACUUUCUGGUGGAUUACAGGAUUGAUGGUGAAGGGUUAUAAACGGCCCCUGGAGGAGAAAGAUCUGUGGUCACUCAACAAUGAGGAUAAGUCUGAGAGAGUGGUGCCACAGCUGGUGCGCCGCUGGGACCAGGAAUGUGUCAAGGUCAAAAGGCCGGUAGACAAGACACUGUACUCUCCAAAACGAUCUACAAGAGGAGAAAAGAAGGACGGACAACCAGUAGAGGAGUCAGAGAUUCUGCUUGCAAAAGCCCUUCAGAAAACCGGGGAACCGUCUCUCUUUUUUGCCCUCUGCCGAACAUUCGGACCAUACUUUCUCGUCAGCUCUCUGUAUAAGAUUAUACAUGACGUCUUGAUGUUUGUUGGACCAGAAAUUCUCAGGCUGCUGAUCCUGUUUGUGAAUGAUUCAAGUGCCCCCACCUGGCAUGGCUACUUCUACACUGCCCUGCUGUUCGUUUGUACCUGCUUGCAAACACUCAUUCUUCAGAAAUAUUUCCACGUUUGCUUUGUGACUGGCAUGAGGUUACGCACAGCCAUAGUUGGUGCUGUAUACAGAAAAGCCUUAGUGAUUACCAAUGCUGCCCGGCGAACAUCCACAGUUGGAGAGAUUGUGAAUCUGAUGUCUGUAGACGCGCAGCGGUUCAUGGACCUCAUUACAUAUAUCAAUAUGAUUUGGUCAGCACCUUUGCAGGUUAUCCUGGCUCUAUACUUUCUGUGGCAGAAUUUGGGUGCUUCAGUGCUCGCAGGAGUUGCCGUAAUGGUGCUAAUGGUUCCUCUAAAUGCGGUCAUUGCCAUGAAAACUAAAACCUACCAGGUUGCCCAAAUGAAAAGCAAGGACAAUAGGAUCAAGCUUAUGAAUGAGGUGCUGAAUGGCAUUAAAGUGCUUAAACUCUACGCAUGGGAACUUGCUUUCAAAGGCAAAGUAUCUGCUAUCCGAGAGAGUGAAUUGCGUGUGCUGAAGAAAAUGGCUUACCUUGGUGCUAUUUCCACCUUUACUUGGGUCUGCGCGCCGUUUUUGGUUGCACUCUCCACGUUCGCUGUAUAUGUUUUAGUGGAUGAAAACAAUAUUUUGGAUGCUCAGAAGGCAUUUGUUUCUCUGGCUCUAUUCAACAUUCUUCGUUUCCCUCUUAAUAUGUUGCCCAUGGUAAUCAGCAGCAUGGUGCAGGCCAGUGUGUCUAUGCAACGCCUGCGUGUGUUUCUGUCCCAUGAGGAGUUGGAUGAUGACAAUGUGGAGCGGCCAGCCAUUUCUGGAACUCCUGACAGCAUCCGGAUUGCAGACGGAGCUUUCAGCUGGUCGAAAGAUGACCCUCCAACUUUGAAGAGGAUCAAUGUAAGUAUCCCUGAGGGGGCGCUGGUUGCUGUGGUGGGGCAUGUGGGUUCGGGGAAGUCCUCUCUGCUUUCAGCUUUGCUGGGAGAGAUGCAUAAGCAAGAAGGAUCGGUCUCGAUCAAGGGCUCUGUGGCUUACGUGCCUCAGCAAGCAUGGAUACAAAAUGCCACUCUCAAAGACAACAUUUUGUUUGGACGGGAAACCAAAGACAGCUGGUACCAGAAAGUGGUGGAGGCCUGUGCUCUUCUACCAGACCUUGAGAUCCUUCCUGGAGGAGACACAACUGAGAUUGGCGAGAAGGGUGUGAAUCUUUCUGGAGGUCAGAAACAGCGUGUGAGUGUGGCCAGGGCUGUGUACUGCAACUGUUCAGUGUAUCUGUUAGACGACCCGCUCUCUGCCGUGGACGCUCAUGUUGGAAAACACAUCUUUGAGAAAGUCAUCGGACCUCAAGGGUUGCUACAGGGCAGAACUCGUGUUUUGGUGACCCAUGGUCUGAGCUUCCUGCCCCAGGCUGACCUGAUCUUGGUUAUGGUGGAUGGAGAAAUCACAGAGAUGGGCUCCUACACUGAGCUGCUGGGCCGGCAGGGUGCCUUCGCUGAGUUCCUGCGCACCUACACCAACACUGAGCAGGAGGAGGGGGAGGAGUCAUUGGGAGAUGCAGUCCCACGAAAAGGACUUGAGAAUGGAGGUCCUGCUGCCCUAUUAAGGCAGAGUCAGAUCUCUCUUAAUGCAACUGGUGCAGGUAAAACCACACAGAAAACUGAAGCUAAUGAUGAUGCUGCUGCAACAAAGACCAAAUCUGCAGAAGCUUCCCGACUGACCGAAGCAGACAAGGCCAACACUGGCAGAGUGAAGCUGUCUGUGUUUUGGGAAUACAUGAAGGCUAUCGGCUUGCCGCUGUCCAUCUUCAGCAUCUUUCUGUUCUUCUGUCAUCAUCUCUCCUCUCUGGGCUCAAACUACUGGCUCAGUCUCUGGACAGAUGACCCUGUUGUCAACAACACACAGCCCAAAAGAGAGAUGCGUUUAGGGGUUUAUGGAGCUCUGGGAAUUUCACAAGGCAUUGCUGUGUUCUGCUAUUCUGUGUCGGUGUCUGUCGGUGGGAUCUUAGCCUCCCGCUACCUGCACCAGACAAUGCUCUAUAACGUCCUGAGAUCACCCAUGUCUUUCUUUGAACGCACACCCAGCGGCAACCUGGUCAACCGCUUUGCCAAAGAGACGGACACGAUCGACUCAGUCAUACCUAGCAUCAUAAAAAUGUUCAUGGGCUCCAUGUUCAAUGUUUUGGGCUCAUGUGCAGUCAUCCUCAUCGCCACUCCAUUGGUAGCCAUCAUCAUUCCACCAUUGGGCCUGCUGUACUUCUUUGUACAGCGUUUCUAUGUGGCGUCCUCUCGUCAAAUGAAGCGACUGGAGUCUGUGAGCCGCUCUCCAGUCUACACACACUUCAAUGAGACGCUGCUGGGCACUAGUGUGAUCAGAGCGUUUGGAGAGCAGCAGCGCUUCAUCAAGGAGAGUGACGGCAGAGUGGACCACAACCAGAAAGCUUAUUUCCCCAGCAUAGUAGCCAACCGAUGGCUGGCGGUGAGGUUGGAGUUUGUGGGGAAUUGUAUUGUGACGUUUGCAGCACUUUUUGCAGUGAUGGCCAGGAACAAUCUCAGUCCGGGUAUCAUGGGUCUGUCCAUCUCUUACGCGCUGCAGGUCACAGCAUCUCUAAAUUGGCUGGUGCGGAUGUCCUCUGAGCUGGAGACUAAUAUAGUGGCGGUGGAGAGGGUGAAGGAAUAUGGAGACACAGAGAAAGAGGCUGAAUGGAAAUUGGAGAACUCAAAUUUGCCUCCUGGCUGGCCAACCGCCGGUCACAUUGAAAUCCACAAAUUUGGCUUGAGAUACAGAGAGGACUUAGAGCUGGCGAUCUGUGAUAUCUCCGUUAACAUUGCGGGAGGAGAAAAGGUGGGAAUUGUGGGUAGGACAGGAGCAGGAAAGUCCUCUCUGACGUUAGGACUGUUCCGUAUCAUUGAGGCAGCGGAGGGGGAGAUCCGAAUCGAUGGAGUGAACAUUGCUGACCUGGGCCUCCAUGAGCUGCGAUCCAGAAUCACAAUCAUUCCACAGGAUCCAGUUCUGUUUUCUGGUUCAUUGCGUAUGAAUCUGGACCCCUUUGAUGGCUACACUGAUGAGGAGGUUUGGAGAUCUCUAGAACUUGCACAUCUCAAGACCUUUGUGUCUGGGCUGCCUGACAAACUCAACCAUGAGUGUUCAGAGGGUGGAGAGAAUCUCAGUUUGGGUCAGCGGCAGCUGGUUUGCCUGGCUCGAGCUCUCCUCAGAAAGACCAAGAUUUUGGUUUUGGAUGAAGCCACUGCAGCGGUGGAUCUAGAGACAGACAAUCUGAUACAGUCCACCAUCCGAACUCAGUUUGAGGACUGCACAGUUCUGACCAUUGCACACCGCCUCAACACCAUCAUGGACUACACAAGGGUGCUGGUUCUCGAUAAAGGCCAGAUGGCAGAAUUCGAUUCUCCGUCCAAUUUAAUUGCCAAAAAGGGAAUUUUCUACAAGAUGGCCAAAGACUCAGGUUUGGUCUGAUAAGUAGGUGGGCUGUAGAGCCUGUUCAAAAUAGACUUUCAGUAAGUAAAGCGCAUAGAGAGCAGAGCUGGUGAGAAAUGGACUCUGAAGCUUCCUCUUCUAUGGGCCUGGAGCUCAAACACACACACACACACACACACACACACACACACACACACACACACACACACACACACACACACACACACACACACACAUACACACACACACACACACACCGUGUGUAUAUGACACCACUCCAUUCUGCCACUCCUCAGCUAAUGUUUCUGUUAUCAAUCAUAUCAAAGGUGUUGCUACAAAUGCUGCUUUAAAAGUUGUUUGAUGCCAACUUUUGGGAUGUUUGAUAACAAUUUGAUUUCUUCAUUGCCAUUUUGUUUGAUUUUUUUUUUUUUCAUUACUUGUCAACAAGUUUCAAAAGAAAGACUUUUUUUUAUAUUUUACUACUAAGCCAUCGUUUCAUGCUUGUGAAUGAUUGUUUGUGAUGAAAAUAUUUAUUUACAAGAUUAUUUGACUAGAAAGCGUAAAGAACAAAGUUUCUCUGUGCAGUGAGCAGAUGCUUGCUUACUAAACAGCUGCUCUAAAUCCUUACAUAAGCACGAGGGGCUUCAACCCAAGCCAAAGUUCACUUUUAAAGCUAUUCUAUAAGAAUAUUUAACAUUUAAGUAUCUUUAAAAAGACCCUUUUGAUAAAAAAAACUGUUUCAUUUCCAGGAGCCAUUGUUUUUCCUUGUUUAGUUUUUAUUUAUUCAUUUGAGAAAAUCUGUUACAAUAUAUCAUUGAUUUCUUUAUAUUUUCAUUUAACAUAUUUAUUACUGGGUAUCUCCACUGAUGGCCUGAUCUUACCAAUAUCGUGCAGUGAUAGCAGAAUGCUACAUUUGCUUUCUGCUUUCAUUGGUGAAUGUAUUUAGAUGAUGUAUUUGAUUUAUAAUCUGUGUUUACUGUUACUAUAUAUUUCAGUGAUCAUUUCACCAAAAAAGAAAAAAAGAAAGCUAUAAAUGCACUUAUUGUUUUUUUUUUCUUCUGUGUAAUAAGCUCAUUCUAGGGUUUACUUUGUGGGAGUGGUGGGAGUGAUAUUGUUUUUGAAAGUAGUUGGAAUUAUCAUUUAACCUUGACUUAACCAGUCAAAUACCCAAAUUGUAGUAGCUUUUAAGGGCAGGUUGUUGUGUUGAUGCUGUUCUUGCUGAGCUGUGUGAUGUGUGCUGUAUACCAUAUAUCUGUUGAAUGUAUGCUUGAGUGCAUCACAUUGUUUCAUUCAUCAGUACCUCCAAUUAAGGUCAUUUAAGCCUUUUGAGUUUAUUUUAAGGAAAAUUAGUUUUUUUUUAAAGAACUGACAAUGUCAAACUUUAAAUGAUAGACACAAGAAAUAUAUCUGAUUUGUUACAUAUUUAUAUAAUUUGUAUGUAAGCAGCAAGUUAUUAUUUGAUAUUUGUAUACAUGCACUAGUUUUAAGUGUACUUAGUUUCAUAAAUAAGCAAAAUAUGUAAUAAAAUAUUUUUUUUGUAAA